AUGAGGCUGUAAAGACUGAGCUGUUCUCUGUCUCUUACUGAACGCUCCUUCUGCAAGAACAGGAAGAUUGUGAGGUGAGGAGAAAGCCAGGAAUAUCAGUCCACCAGAAAAACAGAAAAAGUAAGGAUGCAGCCAGAAGAGCUUGUGUCAUUGGCAACGCUUCAGCCUCCAAAUGCAUUCGUCACCCCAGCAUACCUGGAUUUUUUCAACUCAACAGAGUGGGAUCUAGUCUACUCCAUCAUUCCUCCGUACAUCUUCACAGUGUGCUUGACAGGAAUUGUGGGAAAUGUUUUCGUAUUGCUAGUGUUUCUGCUCCAGGGAAGCCGCUGGUCCGUGCCUGAGAUCUAUCUUGGUAAUCUGGUGCUGGCUGACCUCCUCCUACUAGUCUGUCUGCCGUUUUGGGCCAUGAACAUCCUGAACUACUUCAUGUGGUCUUACGGAGAGAUCAUGUGCAAGGUGGUCAACCUCUCCAUCAACGUCAACAUGUACACCAGCAUCUACAUGCUAGUGAUGGUGAACGUGGACCGCUACCUCGCGCUCGCCUUGACCAUGAAGGCCAUGUGGCUUCGUCGGAAACGCUACGCCAAAUUCAUUUGUGUCGUUCUUUGGCUGUUCGGUGUGGGAAUGGGAGCUCCGACAGUCUGCAUACGAAAACUGAAAGAUAUUCCAGGUCACCGAGCCGUCGAAUGCCACCUGGAUUAUCCCAACACAAGUUGGAGACUCGCUCAUCUUCUGCAGUUGAACCUGGUGGGCUUCGCUCUGCCGUUCCUGGUCAUCACGUUCUGCUGCGUCAAUAUCGUCUGGGCUUUGAAGCGACGGAGACACAUCGGUUAUUGUGAGGACAGAAACGACAAGAAGGCUACGGUCCUGGUGUGCGCUGUCACCCUGCUCUUCCUCAUCUGCUGGGGAAAGUAUUUCAAGAGGAAAGUCAGCAGCAUCUAUAAUAGAAGAAAACGCUCCUUGGAUGCGACUGCUCUGCAGCGGACUGUUUUAACCUCUACGACAACCGCCAGUCAAAUCAAGCCUGUUGUGUUAUAUGAGAAAGACAAGUGUAAGAUUUUCACAACACAGCCAUGA